CUCUUCAGAAACCCUACGAGAGAGAGAGAGAUAGCUUCGCAGCAGGUCGCAGCUUUCGCUUGAAUCAAAAGAGCUCUCUUUUAGCAGAAAAACAAUGGCGACAGCUAAAACUGUGAAGGACGUUUCUCCUCAUGAGUUCGUCAAGGCUUACUCUGCUCACCUUAAACGAUCUGGCAAGGUAGAGUUGCCUCCAUGGACUGAUAUUGUGAAGACUGCUAAAUUUAAGGAGCUUGCGCCAUAUGAUCCUGACUGGUACUAUAUUAGAGCUGCCUCCAUGGCAAGGAAGAUUUACUUGAGGGGAGGCCUUGGUGUGGGUGCUUUCCGUAGGAUUUAUGGUGGGAGCCAAAGGAAUGGAAGUCGUCCACCUCAUUUCUGCAAGAGCAGUGGUUCUGUUGCACGUCACAUUCUUCAACAAUUGCAGAACAUGAACAUCAUCGAUGUUGAUCCUAAGGGUGGGAGAAGAAUCACUUCAAGCGGUCAACGGGAUCUUGACCAAGUUGCUGGACGCAUCGUGGUGGCCCCUUGAACAAUCAGUGUUGAGCUAUGUUUCUGCUUUCGUACUUUUAGAUUUCAAUUUUCAGUCCUGUGGAGAGAUGUGACUGCAGCAACAAGAUUAUAUGUUAUGAAAUUUUUGGAUCCAACUGUUGAAUGUUUUGUAUUUGGACGUGGUUUUUGUUCUGUUGCAUUUUAUGAUUAUGCACUUUUAUCUUGCUA